GUUCAUGUUUAAAUCGUAAAACGCAAAAGACAAAAGAGGCGCGGGACAUCACCCACGUGGCCUCAUGUUGGAAUAUCAGCCAAUCAUAUUUGAGUAGAAUGAAAUUAUCGCGUUUUUCUCGGCUAAAAUUUUUGAGUGUAAUAAAACUCGAAAUCAGAGGGCAAUCGUAUGAAAAGAGGCGCCAAAAAUUCAUUCUCGUGGACCAGCCAGGCCAAGACAAAUUCUCUCCCCAAAUUCAAAAGAAAAUUACUAAAAAUUAUUAUCAAUUCACCCCCUUUUCUUUCUAUUUUUCCUGCGAUUAUUUUAUCACUUUCCAUUGCAUUUUGAUCCGCAAAAAGAAUAUUCGCCUUCAGUUUCCAGGGAUUUAUUUGAUUUGUUUGAGAUGGAGAAUGCAUUUUUGGGGGGGACUCAUUCAUCAAAUUUGCUGCAAAUUUCAUAGUGGAGAAGCAAUAAAGCCUGACAAUGACCUCGGAGGGUUACCGUGAUGUUCAAAAGUUAAAAAAGAUGGAGCAAGAAGUAACUAAAACAGAUGUUUGAAAGAAUGUUGAAGCUGGCCAAGAGGAGAAACAGAGGGAAAAAGGAGCCCGUACUUGUUGGACUCGUCGAGUAUUUUCACAAGCAGUACCAGUUUCUCUUUUCUCAGUAUGAAAAUCUUAAACGACAGUCUGAUAAGAAGGUUUCCGAUUGGAAAGAGCCGAAAAUCAUUCUUAUUAUGCCUCUGGCUCGGACUCGGAGUAUCACUUGUCGAUGGAUGUCGAAACUAACCCCAGCGUAGCGUUUAACAAUGACCGAAACCAUCAGGAAGUACUUGAAAGGAUAUUAAAAAAAAUUGGUGACCUGAACCAUGAAUUGGCCAAGACUGAAGAGAAGAACUUUUAGCUUUGGACCAUUUGGCUGCUUUGAGUAAAAUACAAGAAAUCGAAAUCAUCAACAAAGAUUUGAGAAAAGAAGCGGAUGAGAAAGAAAAGAGACUUUGUGAUUCCGAAACGGUGCAUGAGGGACGGAUAACCGAGCUAGAGGAGCAGCUAAUUGGCUUGAAAAAUGAGGUGGAGUCUCUGCAGUUCAAGAAAAGAGAUUUGGAAGCUCAGCUUGAUGCUAAGACAGCUGAAACUAAACUGCAAGGAGAGACAAUUAAGGCAUUGUAUGGGCAGGUUUCGGAGGUCCGAGAUGAAGCAACUAAAUUCAUGAAGCAAGUCGAGGACAAUGACAACAACUUAACAUCUAAAAUUUAGGAGUCAAUGGUACAGAUCAUUGGUCUGAAGGCAGAGAUGGACUAUUUACGUCCCCAAAGUUCCGAGAUAGAUGUAAUGAAGCAGGAAUUGGAUUCCCUACACAGCCAGAAAACCGAGUUGGAACUUUUGAUUGAGAAUAAAUCUAAAGAAACUUCCCAGCAUUUGAUUCAAGUGAAAACCCUGAAAGAAGAAUUAGCUAGAAAGAGUGGUAUUGAGCAGGUAAUGGCAGAAGAAAAAGAAGGGUUACAGAUGCAGGUGAUGGAGUUGGAAUCCGAGGUGGACGUUCUUCGCAAGCAGAAACAUAAAUUAGAAGAUGACGAGCGGAGUAAUAUUUGCAAAAUCAAUCAACUGAGAGAGGAAACGAGUCAUCUAAAUGGUAGAAUUCUAGAAUUGGAAGGACUAUUUCGGCGAAGAGACCUCGAGAUUUCUGCUAUUCAGGAGGAGUACAAAAGUAAACGGAUUAACAAAACCGCGCAGACUAUGACCUUGACUGCGGAGGUUGAACUUAUGCAACAGAAGGUGGAGUUCAUGAUGAUGGAGAAAAGCGAGUUGGAGUUGCGGACUGCUGAUCAGAAGAGAAUCAUGAAAGAAAGACAGGAAAACACUAACAAUUCCAUGGAGUCGAACUCGAAGCUUGCCAGACGAUUAUCGACAGGAACCACUUUUAAUAUCAAUGUGUUGGAAAGAAAGAUGGAGGAUUUAGCACAAGAGUUCCAGAUUUUGUACCAGAGGAUCAUGGUUGCUGAAAAAGGUACAUUAUGAGAACAAAGAUAUUUACAAGACUAUAAAAGAAAAGCUAGAGCAAGAUAAUGCAGCACUUGAAGAGAAGCCUGCAACUUGUGAAGUUGAGAUGAGGAAGUCAAGGGAUUCAAUGGAGGCAAACAAAAAGGCAUUCACUGAAUCAAAUUUAAGGUUAAAGAAAGAAAAUGAAAAACUUGGGAAGAAGUUUGCCAGUUAUGAAGCCGAGUUCAAGAAGUUAAAGGAUCCAAAGGAGGCAGUGAAAAAUGCGAUUAAAGGCUGGAGCAAGAAAAUGUAGUACUUAGAAUAUAGCUCACUAACUGUGAAGGUGAGCUUAAGAAGCUGAGGAAUUCAAUGGAGGCAGGCAAAGAUGCUGGAGCAAGAAAAUGGAGCUCUUAGAGAGAAGGUUGCCACCGGUGAAGCUGAGAUAAGGAAGUACCGGUGAAGUUGAGAUGAGGAAGUUAAGGAAUUGAAUAAAGACGGCCAGAAAUUCAUUGUCUGAAUCGAAUUCAAGGUUAGAGCAAGAUAAUAGAAAGUUCGGAGAGAAGCUUGCUACUUGUGAAGC